AUGACAGAAGAUGAUGCUGAAUUUUUAGUAAAGAUGCGUCAAGAUCCUGUGAUUCUAGAAUAUCUUGGUACUGCUGGUAUUGUAGAUAUUGAAAGUGCUAAGAAGUAUGUAAGAAUGAUCCAUAUGUCUUAUGAAAAGAAUGGUUGGGGACUAUUCAUACUCAGAUUAAAACAAUGUGGUACACCCAUUGGAACAGUAGGUUUGGUUGAUAGACCCGUUAAGAUAUUCAAGGAGGAUGAAGUGAAUAUUGGAUACUCAAUCCUCCUUGAAUACUCAAGAAAAGGAUAUAUCUACGAAGCUGCCAGAGCCUGUGUUGACUAUGCACUAUCGAGAGGCAUCUACAUUGUUGGAACAACUAUGGAAAGGAAUCCGGUAUCCAGACACAUCUUGGAAAAACUUGGGCUGGUAUAUUUUAGUGAUUUCAUAUUACCAGAAUGGCCUGCAGAUAAAUUUGUUUGUCUUUUACCAGCGUCUGACAUUCCACCAAACCAUCCUACACACUCCUACACUUAUCCACAUCCACCAACUCCCAAAAAGAUUCCACAAAUACUCAAAUCUCCAGAUUCAAGAUUAGAUUAA